UUUUUGAACUUGACGACGCAUCGUAAACUCUUCUGCGCAUGUCACUUAACGUAGAAAUGUGUAAUGUAAAGCAAAAUCUUCAUAAAGCUCCGUAGUUACGUCUCAGUUUUUCCGUAACUCACUCACGAGAGCAAGAAAGACAUUCUAUGAAACUUCAGAGAGAUUUUACAUAACAUUUUUCUUGGUGUGUGUGAAUUGGUUUCAUCGCAUCUCGCAUCGCAUUUCGUCAGUCACUAACACAUUAGUGUGUUAUACAGCCAGGCAAAGUGCGUGAAUUCCAGAAUGUAUUCCGGUCAAAGAGCAAAAUAUUAAGAUCAUUUGAAAUCAUUGAGAGUAAUGUUAAAUAAAUAAUUAAUAUUUGUGAUUGAUUUUGACUGAAAGACAUUCAGUUGUUUAAUUUUUAUUUUAACAAAUACUGCUCUCAAAAUAUAAAAUAAAAAGUAUUGUUUUGAUUUACAAAAAAAAAAAAAAAUAAAAAAAACAUCGAAAAUGACGUCAAGAAAUCAUUACUAAACAGAAACGUCAAAAACAACAAAGAUUAAGAAUAUUUUCAAGAUAAUCGACCAUCAGUAAUAAGUGACAACUGUUAAUUUGUAUUGAAUUUUUUUUGGAAAACGAUAAGCUGACAGCUUAAACAGUAGCAAUAAAAUUAGUAAUAAAUAAAUUAUGAUUAGUCAAUUAAACUGUGAACCAAAGUUGAACUAUUUUAGAAAAUUUUCCAUUCUCAGUUAUGGCUGGAAACACCAAGAACAAUGCUAUUAAUAACACUGGUUUUGAUAGUGACAAUAAUAAGAGUUCAAUAACUAAAACGAACACUAAGGAGAAAGACUUUCCAAACCUAUCGAAUUCUGAACGAGUUUUAACGAGCUUGGUAGCUGGUGCUGCGGCAGGUGCAAUAGCAAAGACAACAAUUGCACCAUUAGACCGGACAAAAAUAAAUUUUCAAAUAUCUAAAAUGCAAUAUUCUCAGCGAGCUGCAAUUGACUUUUUAGUAAGAGCUUAUAAAAAUGAAGGCUUGUUGAGUUUGUGGCGCGGUAAUAGUGCAACUAUGAUAAGAAUUGUGCCUUAUUCUGCAAUACAGUUUGCUGCUCAUGAACAAUGGAAACGCAUAUUAAAUGUCAAUGGCAAAAAUUCAUCGUCAGUUUAUAGAUUACUAGCUGGUUCAUUAGCUGGUGUAACAUCUCAAAGUUUAACUUAUCCAUUGGAUUUAGCACGCGCAAGAAUGGCAGUAACACAAAAAACUGAAUACAAAACAUUGCGCGAAGUUUUUGUACAAAUUUAUAAAAACGAAGGAUUUUUGGCAUUUUAUAGAGGAUUUACUGCGACAAUAUUAGGUGUGAUUCCAUAUGCAGGCUGUAGUUUUUAUACUUAUGAUACUCUCAAAAUGUUUAUGGCAGUUGAUAAAAUUCAAAUGAAUCCGGGAUUCGCAACUUUGGCCACAUUGAGUUGUGGAGCAAUAGCUGGUAUUGUUGGACAAACGGCCAGCUAUCCAUUGGACAUUGUGAGAAGACGGAUGCAGACAUCGGCCAUCAAAGGAGCUUUUUAUCAUACCACCAUUUCGACUACUGUUAAAAUUUAUAGAGAGGAAGGGUUAAUGGCAUUUUAUAAAGGCUUAACAAUGAAUUGGGUGAAAGGGCCUGUUGCAGUUAGCAUUAGUUUUGCAACUCACGACAUAAUACGUGAUUAUUUGAGAAAAUAUAUUAGUAAAUAAAUAAGGUUUUAUUGAAUGUUAAUUUUUGGA